GCCGCUUGAAUAUUGACUUUCGGGCUCGCUUCUCGAAUAAUGGUCCCCGCCAUUCUUUGCCGGAUUUCCACUCUUAAGUUGCAGAGAACUCCGUCUGCGACUGCAUCGAUGGUGCUGAGCACUCGCAGAUCUUACUCUGAGAAGAGCCUUGUGGCUCCGUCUUUGCGAGCCGACUUCUGCAUGAAGCAAUGGCCGGGGAGUGACGUGGCGCACUAUAUGUCAAAUAUAUUAUUAUCGCCACACUGUUGAACAUGUAGUCUGAUCGUACGACCUUCAGCCAGCCAUAGCAGUAUUUUUCAUUUGGCGUCUUUCUUGGAUCGUUGGAAAAAAAUGCUUCCUUUCGCUUUCAUACUCGCCGCCGCAGGCACACUCAUCCAUCAAAGUAAUGGCGCGCCAACGCCCACUAGCAACGAUGCGUCCAUCAUCGAGCGAGGCCUUAUUAGCGGACUUCUGGGUGAUGCUUCUGGCGUGGUUGGGACGGCCGUGAGCAAAUUGAACAAUCUUGGUUCAACGUCGACCGGGUCCGCAGGUUAUUCGUCCGCUCUGAGUCUUCUACAAUCUGUGACGCCGACUGCAUCACCUACCGACGUCCAACAGGCCUCCGCAACCCUUUCCGCCAUCUUUCAAGCCAGCCCAACGCCGAACAACCUGUAUGCUGCCAUUGGAGAGCUCGUCGCUCAAGGCUUGACGACGGACAAUGUGGGAACCGCGGCUGAGUUCGUCGAGGGUGCACUCACUGGCCAGAACAGCGAAAUCAAUAUCAACCUACGGUCGCCGUCUAUCACUGUAUACCCCAAGGCGAAUUCAAGCGAUGCUGCCUACGACCUGACCGAAGCCCAACUCAGAGCGGUCAUCUACAUCCCAUCAACCUUCCAAUAUGGUAAGAAAGGUGCCCCUCAACCCGUCAUCCUUGUCCCCGGCACUGGUGAUACAGGAUACACAACCUUCAUCGGCAACUACAUCCCCUUGCUCCAGGGUUCUACCGUCGGCGACCCUGUGUGGCUCAACAUUCCCGGGUAUCUCUUGAAUGAUGCCCAGACGAAUGCGGAGUAUGUCGCGUACGCCAUCAACUAUAUUUAUGGCAUUAGCAACAAACGGAAGGUGGCAGUCUUCGGCUGGUCACAAGGCAACAUUGAUUCACAAUGGGCCUACAAGUAUUGGCCAUCAACACGCUCGAAAGUAACUGACCAUGUCGCCUUCUCGCCGGACUAUCACGGAACGGUGAUUGCGAACUUCAUUGCCCUCAAUGAGCCUCUACCGCCGUCUUUACUUCAACAGGAGUACAAUUCAAACUUCAUCACGACUAUGCGUCGGAAUGGGGGGGAUUCCGCCUAUGUGCCCACCACCACAAUCUACUCCGGCUUUUUCGACGAGAUCGUCGAGCCACAACAGGGCACAGGCGCUUCUGCAUUCUUGCUUGGCAACAAUGGUAUUGCUGUCUCCAACAAUGAAGUGCAGACUGUAUGCGCAGGACAAGCGGCAGGAUCGUUCUACACUCAUGAAGGAACGCUCUAUAAUCCUCUUGGCUAUGCUUUGGCGGUCGACGCCUUAUCUCACGAUGGACCUGGCAAUCCUUCACGUCUCGAUCUCCCGACUGUAUGCUCUCAAUACCUCACGCCAGGCUUGGACUUGGGAGACUUCUUGGAGACCGAGAACUCGAUCCUUAUCGCGGGCUUGGCAAUCGGUGUGUACCCAAAUAAGGUGGUGACGGAGCCCGCGAUUAAGAGUAAGUAUCUUGAACGGACAAUGAGCUAAACACGACACUAAUUGCUUGCCAGGCUAUGCAACCUACUAAGCCCGCCUGAUUGGACAGCUAUUGUAUUAUAAAUAAUGUCUGGACGAAUAUUAUGUCACAUAGAGUCCGUCAGGAUCAUAGUUCCAACUACUGCAUCGACGUAGCCGGCGGUCGGGGAUGUAUCAAUGUUUGCAGAUUUAU